AUGGAUCAUUGGUUAAAAACUGGUAGCGUCAGUAAAAGUAAAAGGAAAACUACUGAAUCAAACGAUCCUAUUCAUACUCAAGAAGUGCCGUCAUCAAUUACUAAUAUUUCCACAGAAAAUCUUAAGAAGAAAUAUUCAGAAGAAUAUUUUUGCCACGGGUUUUCGUUCAUUGCGAUUGAUAAUGUCGCUAAACCUGAAUGUGUUAUCUGUGGGGAAAUACUAGCUAAUAGCAGUAUGAAACCUUCACAACUUACUCGUCAUUUGAUUACUAAACAUUCAGAUUUAAAGGACAAAGAUGUAACUUUUUUCAAACGUUUACUUGAAAAUAAAAAUAAGUGCAAUAUGCAAACCUACCUCUCUUCUGGUAAUGCUAACGUAGAUGCAGUUGAAGCAUCGUUUCGAAUUAGUUAUAAUAUCGCCAGAAGUGGUAAAAAUCACACAAUCGGUGAAAAUUUGAUUUUGCCAAGCAUUAAAGAUGCAGUUCAUUGUAUGUUCGGAGAAAAAUAUGUCAAUAAAAUAAAUGCUAUCCCACUAUCAAAUGACACAGUCAGUCGUAGAAUCAAAGACAUUUCUUAUGAUAUUGAGGAGACAAUACUAAAAGACAUCAAUAACAGUGAAUUGUUUUCCAUUCAAGUUGACGAGAGUACUGAUGUAGCACAAUUAGCUGUUUUGUUAGUUAUUGCAAGAUAUAUAAAACAAAAUGAAAGCGAAGAAGGUCUUUUGCUCUGCCAUCCUUUGACUGGACGCACAACAGGUGCAGAUAUUUUUCAUGCUAUUGAUUCUUACUUCGCCGAAAAAAAAAUAAAGUGGUCACAAUGCUGUGGUUUAAGUACUGAUGGUGGUAAGUCUAUGUCAGGUUGUUACUCUGGUCUUCUUGCACGUGUUAAGGCAGUUUCCCCACUAAUAAAGUGGACUCAUUGUUGUAUCCAUCGGCAAGCUCUUGCAUCGAAACCUCUUCCUGCAGAUUUGAAGGACGUUCUGGACGAUUCUUGUAAAGUGGUCAAUUUCAUCAAGUCUCGCCACACGAACUCCAGAAUAUUUUCAUUAUUGUGUGAAGACAUGGGAAGUCUUCACAAAACCCUCCUUCUUCAUACUGAGGUUCGAUGGUUAUCACGAGGUAAAGUCCUUACUCGUUUGUUUGAACUUAGGCAUGAAGUUCAAAUGUUUUUUGAAGACCACCCUUUUCGACUGUCAUCAAAAUUUAACGACCAUGAAUGGCUUCAAAAACUAGCAUACUUAUCCGAUGUUUUUUUGAAAUUAAACAAUCUAAAUUUGACUCUUCAAAACAGUGCAGUGACAAUAUUCCAAGUUAAUGACAAAAUAGAAUCUUUUGUUAAAAAGUUAGAGUUUUGGAAAACGUGUAUUGAGAAUAACCAACCAGAAAUUUUUGAAGCACUGCAUGAUUUUCUCAGUGAAACUGAUAUGAACUUAUCACAAGGCAUCAAACACCAAAUUGUUCAACAUUUGAAUGAGCUUAAAACAGCUUUUGCAAAAUACUUCCCUAAAUGUGGAAAAGAAGACCACUGGAUUAUGUUCCCUUUCAGUGAAAUUUAUUUCAAAUCUGCAGUUUUAUCAGCCCGUGAAAAAGAAAAAUUGAUUGAACUGAAAACGGACUCUUCACUCCAAGUAGCAUUUCUUGAAAAAAAAUCACUGAUCACCUUUUGGGCUAAUGUGAAAGACGAAUAUCCUGAGCUUUCUUACAAAGCAUUCAAUGUUUUGCUACCGUUUACGAGCUCUGUAUUAGUGGAAAGAGCCUUUUCGUCAUACACAUUUAUUAAAAAUAGGUACCGCAAUAGACUCUCGGUGAGUUCAGACUUACGAGUUUUUUUAUCAUCCGUGGAGCCAGAUUUCAAAAAGUUAAGUGCUAACAAACAAGCUCAAGGAUCACAUUAA